UAGCGCUAGCGGCUGCACCUAAACUCUAACCCAUACAGCCACUUCGCGCAGAUACCGAUCCGAGCAAGUACAUAUUGGAACGCUCGUCUCCCAUCUCCUCACACACACCUCUCUCUAUAUCUUCAACAAGUCAACCGAGAAUCACAACAGAAUCUUACAGCUUCCUUAAGCUACACCACUCUCUUCUCUUUCUCUAACCACGGAUCUAAUACACACAACAAUACAGAUAUCGACAUCAAAUAUGGCGGGUUCUUUAUCGCCUACCGGUUCUUUUCCCACCUCGCCUUCGUCACCAGAGCGCCCUCUCUUCGAGCGUCGCGGCUCCUCGAGGUCUUCUCUCAGCUUAGAUCUGUCCAGCAUACCACCCCUCACACAACCCACGCCGCCAACCAACACCCUAUUAAUCACCAAUUUGAAUGACUUGGACGUAUUUCGCCCAGACAACCUGCAAACAAUUCGAGGGCUUAUCGAGCAAAUCGCACCUGUAUACACGUGGUCACCAUUGAAAUCCUUCCGUCGCAUCGUGGUAUCGUUUCUCGACGAGCAGGCCGCUAUCAAGGUGCGCUCGAUAUGGGAUGGAGAAGCCAUAAUGGGUGAGAAGUGUCGUGUGUAUUUUGGCCAACACACACCGUUGGAUUUGGCCAAAAACAACCACCUGCCCCUGCCAGAUGCGGGCAAGCUAUUCUUCAUCAGCCCACCUCCGUCACCUCCUCAUGGCUGGGAAAUGCGAUUAGAGGAUGCGCCUAACAAGAUGGUCCAUGCUGAAGAUUUAGCCUCGGCCCUCGCGAAGUUACACCAUAAUCAAAGCCCUGCUUCGGCUGAUAUUUCGCCUGUUUCGCCCACAGAUCUUGCGUCUGCCGGUAUCAGAACACGCAGCAGAAGCAGCACCUUGAUCUACCAGCCUUCGGAGCAUGGGGGUAGCCCACAUCUGCCUGCCAUAUCUGUGGACGACAUGACUGACGAGCCAGUCAUCAGCCCGAUUAGCGAUAAGCCUAUCAUGGCACACACUUCACGACCCCCAGUCGAGUUAAUGGAGUAACCAGUCUCCUCGAUACCUACACUCGAACAUCUAAAAUUUGUACUUGUAUCACUUAGCAUUCUUCAUUACGCCUUUGUUGUCUGGCAGUUACGGCGUUAUAGGGAAAAGAUGGCUUUGCAUGAGCCGUUGACUUUUGGACGGAGUAAACUGCAUUUGAUCACAACAUCACACUUGAUAAAUCUCGCA